CGCUUUCCGCCCGUGACGGAAUAAACAAGCCCAAUGGUCACAUGGGGCAGCACAGCCAAUCAGGUGUUCUACCCUGUGACUCUCACUUCCGGGUGCGCGAACAGUCAUGUGGCUGUGGGGAGCCAAUACGGAGAAACUCUUCUCCCCAUGUGACGCGAGCUCGGAUAUUUGAUUGGCUGCUUGGGUGCGGUGGUUUCCUAGGUGAUGGAAAGGGCGCGAAAAACCUUCAGAUCGAGCGAGGCGCUGGGAGAUGUAAAUUUAAGACAUUGCUGCCCCCACCUGUCUGAGCUUCAGAACUGAGUCUAUGCAAUAAUCCCUUUCAAGUGAAAAGUCUCAUACCUGGAAACUGCCAUCCUUGAAUAAGGUGGCACAGAGCAUCCUUUUGGUUCAAAAUCUAUGUUUUCCAGAUUCUAAGUCUACUAUGUCAGCCAAGAGGGUACAAGAUUUCUCAUUCUGCAGACGUAUGAUGUGCAUUGCCACUUGCUCAGCUACAGACAUAUACUGGAAUCAUCAGCAAACAGCAAUAAAAAUUGUGUUUGGAAUUGAGGAAUGGAGUCGUCUGUGGCUGCCAUUGGAGAUGUGCAAAGUGUGCUUUUGGCUAUGCAGAAGAACUUGGAGUGCCCAAUAUGUUUGGAGUUGAUAAAAGAGCCAGUCUCAACAAAAUGUGACCAUAUAUUCUGCAGAUUCUGUAUGUUUAAACUUCUCAGCAAAAAGAAAAAAGGCCCAGCUCAGUGUCCACUGUGUAAGACUGAGGUUACCAAAAGAAGUCUUCAGGAAAAUCCAAGAUUUAAGCAGCUAAUUGAAGGACUACUGGAAACUAUCCAUGCUUUUGAACUUGACACUGGAAUCAAGUUUUUAAACAGUCAGGAUUUUUCUAAAAAACCUGUAGAAACCAGUUCUACUGAGCUCCUGUGGAAGGAAGAUUCCAUUAUCCAAAGUAAAGGCUACAGAAACAGACAAAAAAGAAUUCAAGAACAAGAAAAUCCAACAUUGGAAGCUAAUGCUGGUGCCCAGGCUGCAGACAACAUGGUCAGGAGGAGUUCCCUCAGAAACAAAAGGCAGAAAUGUGCAUCUGGUAAAGCAGUGUACAUCGAAUUUGGAUCUGAUUCUUCUGACGAUCUUUUUAAAAAAGCAGGUGGUGGUGGAAUGGGAGACAAAGAAUUAUUUCAGACACCACCUCAAAAAGGAGAGUGUGAGGAAGAACUAAAGUAUGCUGAGAAGGAAAGUGAAAGUCCAUACAACAUAUGGCCUAUCAAGUCAAAUGCAGGAGAAAUACUCUUGUCAGAUAUCUUAGGUGAAUGUGGUGUCUCAGAGGAAGACAGCAAAGGCACUUGGAACGGCAUCGAAGAUUUAGAGGCUGCUCAAGUGAAUGUGGCUGAGGGUCAUUUAAAGGAGAGCCAGGGCAUUUCUGCUUCAAACUCACAGGCAGAGCAGUGUGACAGAACAGCCAACACCAGCUCUUUACUGAAUGAGGACACAAGUUUAUUCCACAGUGCAGAAGAAAUGGAUGCUGAGGAAACUCCAUUCAGUAGUAAAAACAAAGAGUCUGGUUUAGCACACAGCUCAGAAAACCAAUUAGAUAAAAGCAAGAAGACAGGUAUUGGUGUCCAGCAUACUGAAGCUGUAGAAACAUGUCAACCUGAGAGUAACGCCCUGCAUGAAAGGGAACCUGCUUUGGAAAGCCUGUUGCAACCUAAGACUCUUCACAGCAAUCCUUUGAGUCAAGUUUCUGGGAAAAGACUGAAGAGAAGCAUUCAAAAGGUCAACGAGUGGUUUUCUAAAAGCAAUGAGAUGCUGUCUUCUAGUUCCUCCCAGGAUGCUCCUGCUGGGGCAGCUGACACAGAAGAUGACGAUUCAUAUUUAUCAGAUAGAGAGUCCUGUAUUUCAGAGAAGACUGACCUGAUGGUAAACUGCACGGAAGUUGUGAUGGGAUGUGAAAAUGAUAGGAGUUUGUCAAAAUCAAUUGUGCAUAAUAUUGAAGAUAAAAUAUUUGGGAAAACUUAUAAAAGAGAGAGGAAGUCAAACUCCCUAGUCCACACGAGAGAGAUGCCACGGAGUCCAAAAGUGGAAGAUGUUACUACUGAUGUGAAACCCUCAAGUAAUUCCGGAACAAGUAAAUUAAAACGGAAAAGAAAGACUGCCUCUGAUCUGCAACCUGUGGACUUCAUCAAGAAGAGAGACGAAAAGGAUCUAAAGAAGCACUCUGAGGGUGUUAAUCAGUGCCUUGUUGGUAGAAAUACUGGAAGGAAAAAAGGUGGUAAAGGUUCCACUGUUGUUAAUGGGAGUCCCAUGGGUGUGAAAAAUGGGGACAAUAUACCAGCAGAACUUCCCCUCCAAGAGGGGAAAUCCAUAUUGAAAAAUGAUACUGAGAAAGUAACUUGCAACAGCACUGAUAGAGAGCCAGCACAGAAUACCUGUGACCGAAAGAGUACUAAAAAAAUGAGAAGCUCACAAACAAAAAGAAGCAGACAUUCGGGUAGGCCUGUGUGUUCUCUACAGCUGGUAGUGCAUAGAAACUCAAGUUGCCCUGAUCAGACUGAGAUGCAGAUUGAUAGUUACCCAAGCAGUGAAGAGCCAAGAGAAGUUGAUUCAGAAAAAAGAGUCAGACGCAGCAGGAGGCUUCAGUUACUGACUGAAAAAAUGACACAAGAAACCAGGAGAAGAGGUGAGCCAAAUGAGAGAGCAAGAAAGCAUGCCAGUGAAAGCAAAGAUUCCUCCUCUGGGUUACAGAGGAAUGUGUUGGUCCAUGUUCCUGAAUGCAAAGACCCUGAUGAGCAGCAGGAUGUACUGAACUAUAGCAUACCUCUGUCAGACACUGAUCUGAAGGGCAAUGACUUGCAAGCAGAUAAAACACACCCUAAUCCUGAAAAUUGUUCUGACGGUAUGCAAACUGGAAAGGGCCUCUUCUAUGUCAAAAUAUCAGUGGAGGAUUUAAAUGCUUGUUCUGUUAUGCCUGAUACAGAUUCUCAAGUUUGUGAAAAUCAAGGCAGCCAGUCACUCCCGCAGCCUCAUUCCACAAAUGUGGAUCAAGCUGCCUGGCCAGUGCAGAAUUUGUCUGAGAAUAAUCAGUGUGCGACAAUUGAGCCCCAGAAGAAAGAGUCGUGUGCGGGUUCACCCAAGACCAAUAGACAUUGCACAGAAAAUGACUUGGAAAGGUUCAGAAACCCAAAGUCACCUGAAGCUAAAAUCAUUUCAGAGUUGAACACAGAAACUGAAGACAGUGAGCUAGAUACACAGUACCUCCGAAAUAUGUUCAGACAUUCAAAAAGACUAUCAUUUACCCUUCAUCCUAGUCCAGUGAAGGAAUCAGUGACAGAAAGCACUGCUUCUGAAACUCUAAGGAAAUCAAGUGCUAGCUGUGUAGAAUAUAGGCAUAACAAUAGAGACUUAAAAAAUGAACCUACGUAUGUUAAAAAAACAGUGGGUCUGGAUGAGGUUUGUGAGAGAGAAGAGCCUAAAACAUCUGACUGUGGUAAAGGUAUUUCUGGGCAUAGGCCAGGAACUCACUUUUCCAGGGUCACUGAAUAUGGACACGUUGGUGAUGAUGGCGAGACUAUUUCACAACUUCCAGAUCAAGUGCAGUUAUUCUCACCACCAAGAGCAGCCACAGCCAAGAGUAGGGGCAGACUGCAAAAACGAAGACAACCAAAGGAAAAGAGAAUUUCACCUGAAAUGGUGGUAGAAAGUCAAUUAAGUCAGAACCUAAACAAAAGUAAUGGAAGCCUAGGUGACCGGAGUAAUAUAGAAGAGCAAAUUUUCCAAAUAACUGAUUUAAGCACAAUGAAUGAAACAGAAAGCAAUCCAGGAGUAAAAGCUGAAGAAGCUGAAAACAAAGGGCCGGUAUUAAAUUUACAGCCUAAGCCAGUCCUGAGAUUUCCUGUAGUUUGUCAACAAAGCCCUGCUGAAUUUAGCUGCAAAGUAAUUGAAAAGAACGGUUAUGAAGGGGAGUGCAAACAAGUAAAGAGUGAUAAAGAACAAGUAUCCCAAAUUGCCAGUGUAGGUGUGCCUGAGUGCUUAAUUUCAGAGGAGGCUCUGGAACAACCCACUGAAGAUACUAGUGGUUUUCCAUUGCUGUCAGAGACCCCUGAUGGCUUAUUGUGCUCUGCUGGUGACAUUAAAGAGAACAUAAGCAUUUGUGAAAUAGAUAGGAAAGAAAUUUCUGCUGUAUUUGUUAAAAAGGGUCAGGAUACCUCAUUAAGAGAACUGGACAGUGGCAGCAGUAGUUCUAAGUCUAGGUCUCAAAACUUUGUUCGGGAACCCAGAAGACCGGCCUGGAAAUUGCAGUCCUCUGAGGAGGAUUCUAGUGAAGAUGAAGAACUACCGUGCUUUCAGGCAUUAAUAUUUGGCAAAUCAGCAAGCACACCAUUGCAGCCUACAGAACAGAUCAUGUCUAUGGUAGAGUCUUCAUCCCCGGCAGAGAUUCUAGCAUUGCUGAACAGUAGCAGUGGCAAUAAUAAAGCUGUACAGAAAACACCUGGAGUCAUCUUGAGAGAUACGUGUGUUUCUCCAAGCCAAGAGUCAGAAUGCUCAGUUAACUUAUUUUCUUCCCAGUCCAACAUAUCCGAAGAUUCAACCAAUAGACCACAAGAGUUGAAGAAGCCCAUAACAUUAGCUCCUUGUUCCAAAGAAAUGAGCAGUUUGAAUGUAAGCAGAGAAGCUACUCCAAAUGGUAAUGAAGAGCUGACAGGAAGAAAAACUGAUUUGGAAGGCGGACACCAACGAGACCAGAAUGUGCCACCAAAUUUAGGUGAAGCAUCCGGAUAUGACAGUGAAGCCAGUCACCCAGGAGAUUCUUCUGGGCUGUCCUCCCAAUGUGAGAUCCUUACCACGCAGCAGAAGGAUGCCAUGCAAAACAACUUAAAAAAACUUCAACAGGAAAUGGCCGUGCUUGAGGCUGUGCUGGAAGAGCAUGGAAGCCAGGGCUUUGAAUUUCCACCCCCAGCCAGUGAACCGCCUAAUUCCAGAGUGGAAGGGACACUCACAGUGGGACAGAUGAGACCAGCUAGAGGAACAGCAUUAAUUUCAGAAGUAAAUCUUGAAAAUCACAAAAUCAGCAGUUCAAAGGGACUUUCAGCUGAUGGGUUCCAUGUAAUGCCAAGUGAUCAUUCCAACACAAAGAAUAAAGAGCUAGAAAAAGAAGGUUCUAGCUCGCCUGCUUUACACCUUUCCCAUCCUAAAUCCCAUCUAUUAAAAAAAGAAGCUCUGGAGCAAGGCCACUGGUGCCCGAGCCUUUGGAAAGCCAAAACUCACUCCCAGGAGGGAACAUUUCAGCGGGUUGAUGUGGCAGUGCUGUUGGAACAAGAGGCAGUGAAACAAUGUAAUCAGUAUAGAAUUGAACCAGAAAAUGCAGCUGAGCAGGAAUUUGGAACAAAGAUAAACAGUGCAGCUGUUCCGUGUGGGAAUGAGAGGAGGACUCCAAACAGCUCUCCCUUGAAAUUUUCUGAAAGACUUACCCACUGUCAAACUGCAGAAUCAACGAAUAGUGUAGCUGUAUCGUGGAAUGUUGUUAAUGGGAAGAGUAAUCAGGGAUGUAAGCAGGAGAGAAGGGCAUUUUCCUCUGCAUCUGCUCUGCACACUGGAGUUGUAAAAGAAAAUGCCAAAAGCCCAGUUGUGACUUGUAGAAGACAAAUGUCAAUUGUGGCAUCAGGUCUGAACCAGAGUGAGCUUUUACUGGUGCAGAAGUUUGCCAGGAAAACCCAGAGCACUUUAUCUAAUCAAAUUACUGAAGGAACAACCCAUGUCAUAAUGAAAACAGAUAUGGAGCUAGUGUGUGAGCGGACACUGAAGUACUUUCUGGGCAUUGCGGGAAGAAAAUGGGUAGUUAGCUAUGAAUGGAUUGUUCAGUCUUUUAAGGAAGGAAGGAUACUUGAUGAGUACAACUUUGAAGUGAGAGGAGACGUGAUCAAUGGGAGAAACCACCAAGGCCCCAAGAGAGCUAGACGAUCCCAGGCUGGAAAGCUCUUCAAAGACUUUGAGAUCUGUUGCUAUGGACCUUUCACCGAUAUGCGCACAGGUGAUCUAGAAUGGAUGGCGGAGCUUUGUGGCGCCUCAGUGGUGAAGCAGCCUCAUCUGUUCACACACAAAGCUAACUCUACUGCUGUAAUAGUUGUACAGCCUGAUGCUUGGCUCGAAAACUCAGGGUACAGAGCAAUCCAACAGAAGUGUACUGCCGUGGUGACCCGAGAGUGGGUUUUAGACAGCGUUGCAUGCUAUGAGUGUCAGGAGUUUGAUACCUACCUUGUCUCCCAGUCAUGAUGGUGCUGCUGCUCUUCUGUUCCCAUUGCUCAGAAAUCCUUAUCAGUGCAGGCACUUAAGGACCAGGUAUUUUUAGAAUAUCUUGUACACCAUUUGUCAUUAAUAAGCAAUGUUGUUUCAAGACAAAUUAUCCAAAGUUUUACUUCAAUCAGCACAAAAAUAUUUAAUUCUGCCUUUGCCCUAUAAAAGUUGCAUAACUGCUACUGUUUCAAGACUGUAAAACUUCUUGCUCAAAGUAGCCCUAUAAAAUGUAUGUAGUGAAUCAAACACAUUUGUCACCUAUCAGGGAUUUAAAGCCCGACCUCCAAAGAGAAACACUGAUGCAUUAUUUACCACCCCAGCCAGGUCCUGACUAUUUACUCCAGGAUGUUUUGGAAACAUAACUAUUUACAAGAGUUAUAUGGAGCUUGGGGCUUGAAUUAACUCAGCAGUGCAAGUGCCAUUUAUCUCCCUGAUUUUUGCUUACAUAAAUACCCACUGUAUAGUGCUUAUGCCAACACAUUGAAAUAUAAUAGUUUUGGGAUCAAUGGUACAUCAACUCAUUUUUUUCUGGACCAUGGAAAAAGCUGUUUAGAAAAUAGUACAAACAGCUCUUUUGUUGUUAGUUGGCACUUAACACAAUUUUUCUAUCCUAAAAACUUAUCUGCAAGAAAGAGCCUAAAAAAAGAAGCCAACUUAACCAACAGUCACUAACAAGUUAAAGUAAAUCAGUCCUUAACCUCUAUUAGUGAUUGCUUUGUGAUAAUUUUAGUUCUAUAUGAGAGUAUUUAUAGCAUCCUGAUGUAGUUGUGAACAAGAUGUAUUGUCACAUCCCUGCUACCUAUAAAGCCCUAAAAAACUCUUUGAUCCUAAUACUUCAUGCCUGCAAAAUGAGAGGUCACAAGUAGAAAGAACAUAUUGCUUUUGCCUGUUGCCAAGGAAUCCACCUUCAUAAAUAAUAUUGUACUUUCAGAGCAGAGAAACUGUUUUCAUAGUUAUAUUUUUAAAAAAUUGUUUAUAGUACAGUUCAAAGAAUUGUUUGAUACAAUGACCUGCAGUAGGCUGGUCUAGAAUAUUUGUAUAAAGUAUAUUUGUAAAUGUUAGAAUAUUCAAAGCAAAUAAAUGUGACUGGCAAGUAUUUUCCUUAA